CUUCCGGGUCCGGAACGGCUCCACUUGUACCGACCCACCCCAAGGGGAGACAGACGGCGGCAGCAGGCGGAUAGAGGCGAGGCGGGGGUUCCGGCCCCCGCCGGUGGUAACCCCGCUCUGCGUCCCUCCCAGCCCGGAAAAAUUACAUUCGGCCGAGAGUUCACGCUAGGGAAAUUCUCUGAAUGCCUCCGAGAAACGAGGCCCGGCGCCAUCUCACCGAAGAAUUCCGCCUUUGCCGCCGCGUGCGUUUCCUUGGCACCUCAGGAACUAAAGCCUCACUCGUUGUGUGGAUUGAGGCUCGAGCUCAAUCCCUGGGCAAGGGAACGGGGAUGCUCGGGGAUCCCGGCUUGCGGCCGUUUUCUGGACAGGCAGCUCCUUGGGCACCCGGCAGGGCCGCGUUGCCUGGCGACGGUGGGGUCCUUCUUCGCUCGGCGGCGCUCCGGGCCUGAGGGUAGAAAACCGCCGCGGAGGGCGCUGCGGGUGGGGGUGGUGGUGUUGGUGCGGGAGGUGGCCGCGUGACGGCUACGCGGGCUUGGAGCGGCUGGGCGUCCGAUCUCUGCACCUGAGAGAAAAUGGACACGGCCGACCAGACCCUAGUGGGGCCCGAGGAUGAUGGGCCUGCGCCGCCCGAAGAGGAGGAGGGAGAGGGGGGCGGCGAGGCGGGCGGCGAGGCGGGCGGGAAGGAGCCGGCAGCGGACGCGGCCCCGGGGCCCAGCGCUGCAUUCCGCCUCAUGGUGACUCGGCGGGAGCCGGCCGUGAAGCUGCAGUAUGCGGUGAGCGGUCUGGAACCGCUGGCUUGGUCCGAGGACCACCGCGUGUCAGUGUCCACGGCCCGCAGCAUCGCUGUGCUGGAGCUCAUCUGCGACGUGCACAACCCGGGCCAGGACCUGGUUAUCCACCGCACCUCGGUGCCUGCCCCCCUCAAUAGCUGCCUCCUCAAAGUUGGCUCAAAAACAGAAGUUGCUGAGUGCAAGGAGAAAUUCGCCGCCUCCAAGGACCCCACGGUCAGUCAGACUUUCAUGUUGGAUAGGGUGUUCAACCCUGAGGGGAAGGCUUUACCACCAAUGAGAGGCUUCAAGUACACCAGCUGGUCUCCCAUGGGUUGUGAUGCUAAUGGCAGGUGCCUCUUGGCAGCACUGACCAUGGACAAUCGCCUGACCAUCCAGGCGAAUCUCAACAGACUGCAGUGGGUCCAGCUGGUUGACCUGACUGAGAUCUACGGAGAACGUCUUUAUGAGACCAGUUACAGGCUCUCUAAAAGUGAGGCCCCAGAAGGAAAUCUCGGGGAUUUUGCUGAGUUUCAGAGGAGACACAGCAUGCAGACCCCAGUCAGAAUGGAGUGGUCGGGCAUCUGCACCACUCAGCAGGUCAAGCAUAACAACGAAUGCCGGGACGUCGGCAGUGUGCUCCUGGCCGUCCUCUUUGAAAACGGUAACAUCGCCGUGUGGCAGUUUCAGCUGCCAUUUGUAGGAAAAGAAUCCAUCUCUUCAUGCAACACGAUUGAGUCAGGAAUCACCUCUCCCAGUGUACUGUUUUGGUGGGAAUAUGAGCAUAAUAAUCGAAAAAUGAGUGGCCUUAUUGUAGGGAGUGCUUUCGGACCUGUAAAAAUUCUUCCUGUCAAUCUCAAAGCAGUCAAAGGCUAUUUCACUUUAAGGCAGCCUGUUAUCUUGUGGAAAGAAAUGGACCAGUUGCCUGUGCACAGCAUCAAAUGUGUGCCACUUUAUCACCCUUACCAGAAGUGUAGUUGCAGCCUAGUAGUAGCUGCAAGAGGCUCCUAUGUAUUUUGGUGUCUUCUUCUGAUCUCCAAAGCAGGGCUGAAUGUUCACAAUUCCCACGUGACAGGCCUUCACUCACUGCCGAUUGUCUCCAUGACUGCAGACAAACAGAAUGGAACGGUCUAUACUUGCUCGAGUGACGGGAAAGUGAGGCAGCUGAUUCCCAUUUUCACAGAUGUCGCAUUAAAGUUUGAACACCAGUUGAUUAAACUCUCAGAUGUGUUUGGCUCAGUGAGGACUCAUGGGAUAGCAGUGAGCCCCUGUGGUGCGUACCUGGCCAUCAUUACCACUGAGGGCAUGGUCAACGGCCUCCACCCCGUUAACAAAAACUACCAGGUCCAGUUUGUUACUCUCAAAACCUUUGAAGAGGCAGCUGCCCAGCUCCUGGAAUCUUCUGUUCAGAACCUUUUUAAGCAGGUAGAUUUAAUAGACCUAGUACGCUGGAAGAUUUUAAAAGAUAAACAUAUCCCUCAGUUUUUACAAGAAGCUUUGGAAAAGAAGAUUGAAAGCAGUGGAGUCACCUACUUUUGGCGUUUUAAGCUUUUCCUCCUGAGGAUUUUAUAUCAGUCAAUGCAGAAAACCCCUUCAGAAGCCUUAUGGAAACCCACCCAGGAGGACUCCAAAAUCUUACUAGUGGAUUCACCUGGAAUGGGCAAUCCUGAGGAUGAACAGCAGGAAGAAGGCACUUCUUCCAAACAGGUGGUAAAGCAAGGCCUGCAGGAGAGGAGUAAGGAAGGAGAUGGAGAGGAGCCCGCGGAUGACUCACUCGCCCAGACUGGAGAUACCGGAGGCCGUGAGCCAAUGGAAGAGAAACUCCUGGAAAUCCAAGGGAAAAUUGAAGCCGUGGAGAUGCACUUGACCAGGGAACACAUGAAGCGAGUCUUAGGAGAGGUGUAUCUGCACACCUGGAUCACGGAAAACACUAGCAUCCCCACCCGAGGACUCUGUAACUUUUUAAUGUCUGAUGAAGAGUAUGAUGACAGAACAGCACGGGUGCUGAUUGGACACAUCUCAAAGAAGAUGAACAAACAAACUUUCCCUGAGCAUUGUAGUUUGUGUAAAGAGAUCUUGCCAUUCACAGAUCGCAAACAGGCAGUCUGUUCCAAUGGCCACAUUUGGCUCCGGUGCUUCUUAACCUACCAGUCCUGUCAGAGUUUGAUAUAUAGACGGUGUUUGCUCCAUGACAGCAUUGCCCGGCAUCCAGCUCCAGAAGAUCCUGACUGGAUUAAGAGGUUACUGCAAAGCCCCUGCCCUUUCUGUGACUCUCCUGUCUUCUAAAUAAUCAGUGAUGGAAAGAUGGAAGGACAUAAUGAACUCUGCCAUAGAAAACUUCAGCCUGAAGAGCCUGAAGAGAAGGAUGUGCUGGAGGAAGCUCCCUCUUGAGUGGAGAGAAGCCCUUGAUGACUGUGAAGAGCCCCUGAAGCUCAUUUCUGAAGCACACUCAUCUCCAGGGACUCAAGGAUGUCCUCUGAAAUGGCCAAUUUCAGACAGUUGGAGUCGUUUUGAGAUGAGCAUUAGCCCCGGCUUUGUAACCAAUGAGGAACACUUAUUUUUAAAUAUCUUGACGGACACAAUUUGAACACAAUGUCCCGUCAUUUCUAGGAACAGAAUGGUCUCUUCUAGAGAGUUUGGAUAAGGACCUUGCUGGGUUGAGUUAGGUUUUCAUCUUUGCUUUGGUCUGGAACUGCCUUCGGGCUCCAGAACUUAAAUUGCCUGGUCCAUGGCAUCUGAUGUACCAACAGAGAGUAAAAGUACAUAAAGCA